UAACCAUACAAGCAUUGAUAUGAGAGAAGAACCAUAUAAAUGCAUGGAGUGUGGAAAGAGCUUUAAUAAAUCUGAUCAUCUCAUUUCCCAUAAAAAGACACAUUUAGAAGAGAAACCGUAUACCUGCAGGGAGUGUGGAAAGACCUUCUGUUAUAAUUACUCUCUUAUAAGACAUCAAAGGAAUCUCAAAGGAGAAAGACCUUAUAAAUGCAGGGAAUGUGGAAAGACCUUCUGUAAUAAUCACACUCUUACAAGUCAUGAAAGAAGUCACAAAGGAGAACAACUUUAUAAAUGCAUGGAGUGUGGAAAGACCUUUACUCGUAGGAGUAAUCUUAACUCUCACAAGAGGAUCCAUACAGGAGAGAAACCAUAUCAAUGCAUGGAGUGUGGAAAGUCCUUCUGUUAUAAUCAUUCUCUUAUAAUCCAUCAAAGGAAUCACAAAGGAGAAAGACCUUACAAAUGCACAGAGUGUGGAAAGACCUUUAAUUAUAGCAGUAAUCUUAAUUCACACAAGAGGAUCCACACAAGAAAGAAGCCAUAUAAAUGUAUGGAGUGUGGAAAGACCUUUAAUUGUGCCAAUCAUCUUAAUUCCCAUAAGAGGAUCCACACAGGAGAGAAGCCAUAUAAAUGUGUGGAGUGUGGAAAGAGCUUUUGCAAGAAAAGAGCUCUGAUUCAGCAUAAAACUACCCAUACAGAGGAGAAAUUAUAUCAAUGCCUGGAAUGUGGAAAGACCUUUUCUUAUUAUAGCUCUCUUAUAAUCCAUCACAGGAACCACAAAGGAGAAAGACCUUACAAAUGCAUGGAGUGUGGAAAGACCUUUACUUGUAGCAGUAGCCUUAAUUCCCAUAAGAGGAUCCACACAGGAGAGAAGCCAUAUCAAUGCAUGGAGUGUGGGAAGGAUUUUAGGAAGAGUAGUAAUCUUGCCUCCCAUAAGAGGAUCCAUACAGGAGAGAAGCCGUAUCAAUGCAUGGAGUGUGGAAAGACCUUCUGUUAUUCUAAGUCUCUUUUAAUCCAUCAAAUGAAUCACAAAGGAGAAAGACCAUAUCAAUGCAUUGAGUGUGGAAAGAGCUUUACUUGUACCAGUCAUCUUAAUACCCAUAAGAUGAUCCACACAAGAGAGAAGCCAUAUAAUUGCGUGGAGUGCGGAAAGGCCUUCUGUUAUUCUCAGUCUCUUAUAAUCCAUCAAAGGAUUCACAAAGGAGAAAGACCUUAUAAAUGCACGGAGUGUGGAAAGAGCUUUACUUGUAGCAGUAGUCUUAAUUCCCACAAGAGGAUCCACUCAAGAGAGAAGCCGUAUCAAUGCAUGGAAUGUGGAAAGACCUUUACUUUUGCCAGUCAUCUUAAUUCCCACAAGAAGAUCCACACAGGAGAGAAGCCAUAUCAAUGCAUGGAGUGUGAUAAGAGCUUUAGAAGGAAAAGUGCUCUGAUUCACCAUAAAACUAUCCAUACUGAGGAGAAGCCAUAUCCAUGCAUGGAGUGUGGAAAGAACUUCUGUUAUUAUAACUCUCUUGUAAGACAUCAAAAGAAUCACAAAGGAGAAAGACCUUACAAAUGCACGGAGUGUGGAAAGACCUUUAGUUGCAGCAGUCAUCUUAAUUCCCAUAAGAGGAUCCACACAGGAGAGAAGCCGUAUCAAUGCGUGGAGUGUGGAAAGGGCUUUAGGUGGAAUUCUGCUCUUACCUCCCACAAAAGAAUCCACACCGGGGAGAAACCAUAUCAGUGCACGGAGUGUGGCAAGAGCUUUACUCAUAGCAGCCGUCUUAAUUCCCACAAGAGAAUCCACACAGGGGAGAAGCCAUAUCAAUGCACGGAGUGUGGAAAGACCUUUCAUUGUAGCAGUAAUCUUAAUUCCCACAAUAGGAUCCACACAGGAGAGAAGCCGUAUAAAUGUGUGCAAUGUGGAGAAGGCUUUAGAAAGAGUUGUGAUCUCACUUCCCAUAAAAGGAUCCAUACAGGAGAAAGACCUUAUAAAUGCAUGGAGUGUGGAAAGACCUUUACUUGUAGCAGUAGUCUCAAUUACCAUAAGAGGAUCCACACUGGAGAGAAGCCAUAUCAAUGCAUGGAAUGUGGAAAGACCUUUACUUGUAGCAGUAGUCUCAAUUCCCAUAACAGGAUCCAUACUGGAGAGAAGCCAUAUCAAUGCCUAGAAUGUGGAAAGACUUUUACUGGUUGCAGUAGUCUCAAUUACCAUAAGAGAAUCCACACUGGAGAGAAGCCAUAUCAGUGCCUGGAAUGCGGAAAGACCUUUAUUUGUAGCAGUAGUCUCAAUUACCAUAAGAGAAUUCACACUGGAGAGAAGCCAUAUCAGUGCCUGGAAUGUGGAAAGACCUUUACUUGUAGCAGUAGUCUCAAUUCCCAUAAGAGAAUCCACACUGGAGAGAAGCCAUAUCAAUGCCUGGAAUGUGGAAAGACCUUUACAUGUAGCAGUCAUCUCAAUUCUCAUAAGAGGAUCCACACUGGAGAGAAGCCAUAUCAAUGCAUGGAAUGUGAAAAGACCUUUAUUUGUAGCAGUCAUCUCAAUUCCCAUAAGAGGAUCCACACUGGAGAGAAGCCAUAUAAAUGCCUGGAAUGUGGAAAGACCUUUACUUGUAGCACUAGCCUCAAUUCCCAUAAGAGGAUUCACACUGGAGAGAAACCGUAUCAAUGCCUGGAAUGUGGAAAGACCUUUACUUGUAGCACUAGCCUCAAUUCCCAUAAGAGGAUUCACACUGGAGAGAAACCGUAUCAAUGCCUGGAAUGUGGAAAGACUUUCUCUUAUAAUUACUCUCUUACAAUGCAUCAGAAGAAUCACAAAGGAAAAAGACCUUAUAAAUGCAUGGAGUGUGGAAAGACCUUUACUUGUAGCAGUAGUCUCAAUUCCCAUAAGAAGAUCCAUACUGGAGAGAAGCCAUAUCAAUGCCUGGAAUGUGGAAAGACCUUCUCUUAUAAUUACUCUCUUACAAUCCAUCAUAGGAACCACAACGGAAAAAGACCUUAUAAAUGCAUGGAGUGUGGAAAGAGCUUUACUCGUACCGAUCAUCUUAAUUCCCAUAAGAUGAUCCACACAGGAGAGAAGCCAUAUCGUUGUAUGGAGUGUGGAAAGACCUUUACUUAUCGCAGUAGUCUUAAUUCCCACAAGACGGUCCACAUAGGAGAGAUGCCAUAUAAAUGUGUGGAAUGUGGAAAGGGUUUUAGGUGGAACUGUGCUCUUAUCUCCCACAAGAGAAGCCACACAGGGGAGAAGCCAUAUCAGUGCAUGGAGUGUGGGAAGAGCUUUGCCUGGAGUUCCACUCUUUCUUGGCAUAGAAGGAUCCAUACACGGGAAAAACCAUAUCAAUAAAAGAAGUGUGAGAAGAACUUUGAAAGA